GUAUGGUGUUCCUAAUAAUCCUUUAGGUGAGUGUAUUUUAACCUUAGAAGAACGACCUUGUGUCUUGUCACUUUACUUUCUUUUCGCUAUCUUUCAGUAGAUUAUUCUAUGCGUACUAGCUCAUGCCUUUGCUACUUACCCACGUUGAACUGGCAACCGGUCAUUUAACGUCAGACCUGACCGCCUCGUCUUUCCUUAUGAGGGACACCAUCACAUAUGUCCAGGUAAUAUAUUAUAAAAUACUGAAAUCAGUCGGCACAAAAUAUUUAAUAAAUAAUUGUCUCAGAUUUGGCUAUGUGCUCUCCACUAGGGGGUAUUGUAGGUCUGGAAGCUGUCUCAUUGGUUGACGGUAGCAGCAGUCUCUUCCGUUUAAGCCUGAACAACUUCCUUUAUCGAUCAUGUUAUCUUUGUUAGAAGAAUGCUGUGAAACAAAUGUAGCAGUAAGGAUGCUUCCUUUGCAAACAUUUUAGUUAGCAUAUUCCUCCAACAGACACGUGCGAACUAAAGACAGAAGCGGUGGCCUUAGACACAUGACGAAUCUCCUGGCCUCUCCCCGUAACCAUGGCUCUGGGAGUGGACAGGGCCUUCACAGCAUCUGUCUCCCCAACUGAGUCCAAGGGCUGCAGCGGUCGGCGAUGGAAGACCUGGACGACGGCAUGUAGCCUCAGCGGGACCGGGCCAAGGACACCGCAGCAUCCAGAAGACGAGGACCGGCGUAGUCCGAGGAGGAGUGUUACCAUGGCCCCCACCUCCAGGUAUAUGAGUGACAGGAGGCAGUACUCCGUCAGGAAACCGCUGGUCGCCACAUCAGAGCAGCAGACCUCCAUCCUAAAGAAAUCACACCAACGGGACAAUCCCAAAAAGGCACAGCCAUGGGAAGGCAGCAGUUACACAGCACACCGUCGUAGAGAUAUUGACUUCCAGACCAGACGGCCUGAACAGAAGUCUCCAGACAGCCGUAGCCUCUCGCAAGUCAUCUCGCCCCGCUCGGCCUCCAGAGAGGACCUCAGCACCUCCUUGGAGUUGUCAGACCUCAGGACCUGGCAGUCACACGAAGAACCCACGUUCCGAUCACCAUGCGUGGACAGUGGGCCUGGCCGGCGCAGCCUCUCGAGCCCAGCCCCUGACCUCCAUACCUUUUCUGCUCCACUCAGCCCCAAGUGGACCUCCACUCUGCUAUCGCCCCCAUCGCCCUCCUGCGUUCCGCCCUUGCGCCCCACCAGACAGAGUCGGACGGAGGUGAGAGUGACCUCAGGGGAUGUUUAUCGACCACGUGGGGUUGGUGGGGAGACUUAUCUAAAUGUAGGUUCUUCUGUGGGUUUCUCCAAGGGCCGCUUCAACCCUGUGCUCCAUACCAUGUCUCCCCACCAGACCAACUACUGGGCCUGUGCCAUUCCCAGCUCCCUUCCCCCCUCCCCAGACCGACACUCCUCCAGCUGGGACCCUGACAAGGAGUACCAGGCUCUUCUGGACUACACCUACCCUCUGAGGCCAGGUGGGGUUGUGGGUGAAUGGGAUAGCUCAGAUAUCGGGUGUGGGCCUGUUCUCCAGACUGACCCUGGCCUCCAGGACUCAGGGAUAGAAUUGGACCGUGUCUGCAGCUCUACCAAUCUGUCGGGUUUGGACUUCAGACCGGCCCGUAGUGGCUUAGUGCAAAAUGGUACGGCUAGGGAGAGAGGUGCCCUGGGUAUAGGUCAGAGGUCAUCUGAUCUACAUGGGCUCUCGCACUCCAAGUCCUCCGGUUGCCUCUCCGGUAGCGCCUUUUCCUCUGCCGACCCUAUCGGUCUGUACGUGGAGAGUCUGGAGGGUAGCGGUGGGGCUGGCGGUCUGAGCCAGUCCCUGCGCCGCGGGGGAGGCGACUACCGUCAACUCAGCGUCUCCUCCACGUCCUCCGCCACGUUCAUCCGCACGACCAGUAUCCUUCCCCGGCCCGGGUGCCUGGGAGGGAGGGACCAAGACGAGGAGUUCUGGCCUCUGCCGGAGCAGCUGGAGGAGCUCCAUGGUUUGUCCCGGCAGGUCCGGAUGGUGACGGCCCAGCUCAGCCAGCCGGUCACUGCCAGCUGGGGGUCCCUGGAUAAGGGCACCGAAUUCAUGGAGAAACAGGAGGCAGAGGAGAAACAAGAACAGGAGGAGAAUGAGGAUGAAGAGGAGGAGGAGGCGCCAGUAUGUGAUACACUUCAAUACUUUAAUAAAGUCCAUAGUGGGGGAUCCUACCAGGCAGGCCGACGCUCUGGUUCUGGGAUGGUGGCUGAGGUAGCAGGCAGUGGAGUGGACAGGGCCAUUCUGAGGGAGGUGGAGGCCGUGGUGGACCAGCUGAGUGGUCUAACCCUGCCUGGAUUCCAGCCCGGGGAGCAGCCAGAACACAGACAGUCCCUCUUGCAGCACAUCCAGACCUUCUGUGGUAACCUGGAGGAGCUCAUCCAGUGGCUGUACACCGUGGUCGAGAGGGUUGAGGUGCUGGCUCCGCCCACUGUGGACAUUGAGAGCGUCAAGUCGUCCCUGGUGAAUUAUAAGAGGUUUCGGAGAGAAGUAAAUGCCCACCAGCCCCUGACCAGCGCUGUUCUGCAGACUGGGGAGCUUCUACUGGGUUGUCUGACCUCCACUUCUCCUGUUCUGAAAGAAACCCUCAGCCUCAUUGAAAGGCAGUCCAGGGCAUUGGAAACCCACUCGGAGCACCUGUUUUCCUCUAUCCUUUCGGCCAUGGACAGUCUAACCCAGCCCACUGAGCCCAGCCAAGGAGAGGAGACCAGAGAAGCAUCGCCACGACAUGGUUGUGGUUCAGGGAACAGCUCAGUGAAGGCUUCCCUGCAAAACAAUCAUAUCUUUUUUAUCUCUGUUUCAGUGUUGAAGAAUGACAGUGGAUCGGUGGAGCAGGUUUGAUGAUGAUUAGUUGGAACGUCUUCAUUUUGUUAUGCCUUAAUUACACUUUUACAUUUACAUUAGUUGAUUAGAAGACGCUUUACAGUGAGUGCACACUUUUCAUCGGCAUCUUUGGCAUUGUAAGCACCAUGCUCUACCAACCACCAAGCUACACAGGACCAAAAUGACCCCACUGUGUUGUAAAGACAACCAUUUGAAGGUUGUCUUGCUUUUGUUUCAUUAUUUAACCAUCAGCAAGCUCAGAGUUAUGUUUCCUGGUGUUAUAAUAAUUGUUCCAUUAGUUCCAGUUAUUAAGGAUUUCUCAAUCAAAAGUCAUUUUGGAAACUUUGUUAAAUAUAGUAGAACAUUGGCCUAAGGAGAACCAUCUUUUGAAAUGUCAGAAUUCUGUUGCCUUUGUACCUGAUUGCUUAUUCUGGACAGAUUUUGCUCAACUUUAAAUGCAAUUGGUAUCAGUGAAUGUUUCACUAAUUGUAAAGUAUUUUUUUGAGUAUCCAUUAUUUUUCCAUUUGUCCUUCCCCCCUCUUAUUUUCAACCUUCUGAUAGUUCUAUAUCCAUACAUAGAUAUUCAUGAGAGACUGAAAUAACAUUUUAGCAGAAGCUCUUAUCCAGAGGGAUUUACAGUAAUGAGUCCAUGAAUGUUCAUACUAGACCCUGUCAGUGAAAGCUUUGUCCCUGUAACCUUUGGUUUUAAUUUUGAUUGUAUGAUAUAUUUUUGAUUAAUUCAUGAAUGUUUUGAGAAGGCCUUGACAUUUUAAAAACAUGCCGUUAUGCUAAAUGCCUCUUGUGUCAAGACCAGUUUAAAAAAAAUCCACAUUGUUUCAAGAAAUGGUUGUACAAAAUUGAGAAACUAUAAGGAACUGUUUCAAUUCCUUACACAACUGUUACAUGCUUUAUGUCAUCUUGAAGUGUCUUCAAAUGUCCUGUGUAUUUCGUGAACUGCAGUUAUUUUCUAGAAAGUCUUAUAGGAAGUUGAAGUCUUCUACCGGUCUCUUGUACAUAGUGUUAAGACUUCCUCCUGGAGGAAAGGUCUGUUGUUUAGAGACAGCAGUGUAGACUGUUAAAAUGGAAUGUUUGCCCUGGGGAAUUAUUUGAAAACUUAGACUUACUUCCUGUUCCUUAAUCUAAUGGCAGCUAAAUAUGUGGCAUUGAUAAUCACCAGCGUGGAACAUAUUUUGGAAGUUUCAUGUCAGUUUGUUUUGUACAUGUGGAAAGGUGCAUUAAUAAGUCCUACCUACAGCCUUAAAUGUUUUAUCUUUUUAACCAGUGUCAAUUGUGAAUUACCACUUGGAUAAUGUGCACAACUUUUAAAACACCACAGAAAAUGUUCUUCACAUUGUUGUAAGUCACAUUAAACUAUACUACUUGUUCCUGCUUAGUAAACA